GAAGGUCCCACUUGUUGCUGCUGACGGACGGAGAGAGAACCACCACCGAGCCGUCUGCACUUCUGCAAUCCGAAACCUUCAACACAACACAACACAGCAGCUCCUCUGCAGCUCCACCGCCUCAUCCGCGGCUCUCAGGAUCUCUGGUUUGAUGUCUGCGUCAGUCCCGUAUCCAUCGCCCUGUGGACGCUUCAGUCUGGUGUGUGGACUCCUCCUCCUGGCCUCCUCACCACUCCUCGCAGCAGGCCGACUGAGUAACUGCACUCACCCUCUGGUGCCAGAACAUGGAGGUUUCCGCUGCGACCCGUCGCCCUGUCAAGGUUUCCCCCACAAGAGCUCCAUUCACUUCUUCUGUGAGCCCGGAUACCACGUCCACAACAAGGUCGGUGUCUCCAGGUGUCGCCAUGGGAGGUGGCAGCCCUCGAUUCCUACCUGCAUCCCCAUCAGAGAGGGUCCCAACGUGCGCUCUGACGACCGAGUGAACGAUUCGAUGCCCAGCAUGGCCACAACGGCGGUGGGCGUGUCCAUCUUCCUGCUCACCACCACUGCCUGCCUGGUCGUCAAGUCCCGCCUCUACCCCUGUCAAUCACACAGCAGCCGUCGCUCCUCAGACCAGCUGGACCUGAUGGUGGACGGCCUUCCCGUCUCCCUCCCCUCCUACGAGGAGGCGGUGUACGGAAGCUGGGGGCAGCGCCUCCCCGCCUUCUCAGCGCCGGGACCCACCCAGCUCCUACUGGCUCAGGAAGCUCCCAGCUGUCACCCGACGUCUCUCAACAACCAAUCAGGCGGCAGCAACCGCCCCCUCCUGUCCAGCCCCGACAACCCCCCGCCCCCGUACGAGGAGGUCCAGACGUCACGCCCCGGAGACAGGAUGAGUGACGGGGACGUCCGGCAGCUACAUGUUGCGUUUUCAGAUGACAAGGACACUUGAUUGACAGACUGUGGGGUUCACAUGUGACUACAUGUUGUUUAGCAAUGGAGGAUUUCGAUUGACAGCUGCAGUGUUUACUCUGCAUAUGAUCAAUAUAAAACCAGACUGCACUUUUCCUGAUCGGCUGCAGCUCACCAGCAUCACACGCUAAUUUGUAAAGUGUGUCGUAAGAAUGUAAGUGACAGAGGAGGGAGUUUAUGUGAUGUAUCGUUAAACCUUUAGAUCCUGAAUGCCUUAUUUUUAGUGUGAUGACACGGUAUUUCAUUGUUUAAACUAUAUUUUUGAUGAGAAUCCAUAAGUUAAGAUACAAAAAUCAUCACACAAACUUGAAUUAUGAGGUUUUCACAGGACAGCAUUCAUAUCAAAGUGUGUUUUCAGUGUUGCUCUGGAGACAUCUUCCAUCUUCUCCCGUCAGUGAUGGUAAAGACUGUGCUGUUGCAGAAGGAAAACCCUGCGUUUCCACGGCAACAGACUCCAUUCCAUUUCUAUCGAAUUCUAUCGUUUGUAAAGCGUUUCUCUUGGUGGUGGUGUUGAUUUGAAGCCAGCGUGGUGCCCAGCAGUGGCAGAAGAAGUAUUCAGACCCUAUACUUCAGUAAAAGUACUAAUACCAUGCUAGUGCUGGGACACUCGGCCGAUUGAUUGUGACAAGCAGCAUGUCGUGAUAUUUAUUUUGUGUAUUGCAGAUAUUUAGAGACGUGAAAAUGAUCGGAAGUGUUUCUCCAGUGAUGAGUGAAGUAAAAAAUGUAUAAUAUUUAGAUUAAUUUAAAUGUACAGUAAGAAGAAUCUGAAAUAAUUGUACAUUAAUUUGGCCUGGUGGCAUCGAUGCAGACACACCAAGGUGCUUUUAACAGUUUUCAUUCAACAACCUGCAAAGAAAACCCCACAUAUGUUGGACCAAAUAACCUGAAACUCAUUAAACAUUGUGUGUGUGUGUGUGUGUGUGUGUGUGUGUGUGUGUGCGUGUGUGCGUGUGUGUGUGUGUGUGUGUGCGUGUGUGCGUGUGUGUGUGUGCGUGCGUGUCCUCACUUCACCCGGCUGGUUCCCUCUUUGUCUCUCUCUUACCUGCAGAGCGACUGACGCCUUCACAGACCUUGAAUGUAUUUUAUGUUUCAUAUUGUGGCAACAAAUCUUAAAUAUGGAUUGUAAUAUUUACUAAAAGAUUAUUUGUACAUUGUAUUAUUGCACAGAAUUAUAUGAUGAAUAAAUGUUG